AUGGCACCACAAGACGAGCCAGAAGACUCUUUUGUGAAGAUCUUUCUUCUUACCCACCUAUGUGAAGAGGAGACUGCAGCGUACUUCGGAAGGUUCGAAGAUCGUGACGAGGGUGGUCUCGAAUGGGUCAAACCGGAGUUUGUUCAGUGGUUUUCGGAUCAAGGGGAGGGUACUAUCGAGGGAGGUGACUUGCUUCGCUUGUUCAAAAAGACUACUGCCAACCCCGACGAGGCUGAAUUUCAGUACUUUGCCGACCGUCAGAGCAUUGAAACCGGCACCAUCAUUCUAGCACACCGCGAUGUAUACACUAUGCUUCAUUCCCCCGAGACCGCCCAGGACAUUACGGAGCUGGCAGCGGAGAGCGGAAUCACGCUGCCAGAUAAUUGGAUCAACAUGGAAGGCGCCAUCUAUAAAAUGAUGGGCGAGUUGACCGACCGCGGCGUGGCAUGGGGCCGCAUACCAAUCAGCGCAUGGAGGUCAAGCUGGUGCAACGCGGAUCUCGGCGAGCUGCACGAGCACGAGUUCAUAGAGGACUGUGGAGGGAAGAAUCAAAUAUUGAGAGACCCUGAAUGGGACGGAGCCAACUUUCUGGAAAAGCUGAAAGAGGAGAUUCAGAAGAUGAAACGACAAGACGCUUAA